GCCGACUUACCCGGAAGCCCCGCGGCCCGGGGGUCCAAACAGGAAAGUGGAGCUGUGCCUGGAAGUGGGAUCGGGGUCUGGAGUGGUAUCCACAUUCCUAGCCUCCAUGAUAGGCCCCCAGGCCCUGUACAUGUGCACUGACAUCAACCCCAAAGCAGCAGCUUGUACCCUGGAGACAGCACGCUGUAACAGAGUCCAUGUGCAUCCCGUAAUUACCGAUUUGGUCAAAGGCUUGCUACCAAGACUGAAGGAGAAGGUUGAUCUUCUGGUGUUUAAUCCCCCAUAUGUAGUGACUCCACCUGAAGAGGAUAUUAUGAGGCAGUGGGUGCAGGAAAAGAAGGAAAUUAUGAAGAUAAGAAACUUAGAGGUUAUAUCCGGGAGACAUAACAUACCGGUAGGAAGUCAUGGAAUAGAAGCAGCUUGGGCUGGUGGCAGAAAUGGUCGCGAAGUCAUGGACAGGUUCUUUCCACUGGUUCCAGAUCUCCUUUCGCCAAGAGGGCUGUUCUAUUUAGUCACCAUUAAGGAGAACAAUCCAGAAGACAUUUUGGAAACAAUGAAGGUGAGAGGUCUGCAGGGGACCAUCGCACUUUCCAGGCGAGCGGGCCAAGAAAUCCUUUCAGUCCUGAGGUUCACCAAGUCCUCACACAGUGUCUGCUCCACGUUGUACUGAAUAAUAUGUAUUACAUUGAAUAUACAUAUGGAUAUAGUAGUGUGUGUGUGUGUGUGUGUGUGUGUGUGUAGAUAGGCUGAAUGUAUUCACCAUAUUUUGAAACAAGUCAUUUUUUGGUUAACAAGUGAAACUGUCAGAAAUCUGUCAACUAGAGAAAGGUGACAGGGCUGGGCAUUAUCUGUCACCUACGAAUCAAGCCUACUUGUGGAGGUGCAAGGAAACAUGUACAUUAUGUAUAAUUUGCAUUUACAUAUAAAAGAGUUAUAUUAAUAUGAAAGGACAUUCAUUUCAGCAUGGCCUAAAAUAGCUAAGCAAGAAGUCAACCAAUGUGCCAUCAUAAAAGGGGUUGGUAAAGUAAGUUACAAUAUGCCCAGGACACUGAAUGUGAGUGACAUCCAGCCAUCCAACGACUCGGAGCUGUUUGGCCUGAACCAGAAGGGGCUCAUGAUGUACUAUUCAGUGAAAAAAAAGCACAGUACAGAACAGUAUUGUCCUGCAUGUGUAUUUCUUAAAGACCCACAGAGAGAGUAGAUUUGUCUUGCAUAUGAGAGUCUCAGAAGACAUCAGGUGGGAUGGAGGAACUUUUGCUUUUUUGUAGUAGCAUUUGUACAAGGAUAAUGUAUUACUUAUAUAAUUUUUUAAACUUUUCAAUGAAAAAUUUUUAAAAUUUA